AUGGAUUCCGCACAAUUCUUUGUUCAAAUUCUCUCCGGAAUCUCAACAUUAGGAAUUCUCUCAAACGCUCUCGUCAUCACCUCAAUUUUCCUUCGUCGAGAAGCGACUUUCCGACGCCAUCGGCCGUAUUUUGUCAUUGGGAGCUCUUUCGCUCUACUUUUUUCAAUUCUCACACAAUUGUUGAUACCGAUCCACUUCUUUGACGAGAAAUCUGUGCAUAUCCACUUUUGGACAAACAUCUCUGAACUAAUCGACAACGAGAAUCUCAUCAUUCUCUACAAGCUUUGGCUCUUAAUCCUCCACGGUCAAUGGUUCGCUCUACCGGUUGAUGUCCUCUACAAUUAUUGCAUUUUGUGCAAAAAACCGCUUCCCCCGUGGGCGAGUAUCUCUUUUUAUCUCUACAUCGGGAUCUCUCUAUCUCCGUUGAUCAUCUGUGAAUUCUAUCAACCAAUACUUCAUUUCGAUUCAGCUUACCACACCAGGCAAAGCCUUGUCAUCACAAAAGUUGAUCAACAAAUCCUCCUAAUCGGCUUGGGUUUUCCAUUUGGUGGAUCACUUUUCCUGCUCAUUUGGUGCUAUUACAAUGUGCAUCGACAUCUAGAGGAAAUCAUUCGAAAGCGAAAUCGUCUAAUGGUCAGAACAAACGAGCUGAAAUCGAGAAUCGGAUGGAUGAUUGGAUGGCAGAUAAUCGGCCCGGUUUUCCUCGUCGUUUUCCCAUUCACCGUCACUUAUUUACUUCUCAUUUUCUCCCCGCAUCUUCUCCUCGAUUACUGGAUCUCGAUGCCAACGCUUUUUCCUGCAACUCUUCCAUUUACACAAGCUUUGAUCAUGUUUUACUACAUUUGCCCACCAACCUUACUCUGUCGAAAACGUUUGACGCCGAUCGAUGUGAGUUCCUGUUCUGGGCUAACGAAAUCCCUGCACACGCAGCAAACGCAAAGCUUUCAAAUCUCGACGGUGACACGAUCGAAAAUGGCCCGCGGAACCGCUCCUUCAACUGUCUACAAAUCGAUGCAAUUGUAU